AUGCCGAGAUACAUGGGGCAGGAGCUGGCUGCUAGGAUCACUGGUUCUCUCUUUCUGUCCUCCAUAAUCCUCAGUUCUGAUUUCCUGGACAACUUGCAGCCAGUGCACUUCUUGGUGAAGUUCAGUGCUUGCACAGAGGGUGAGACAGCCCGGGUGGAGCUUUUGCUCCUUCCCUACCCAUUUACUUUUCUGUUCAUCGCGUUUCUAGUCCUUUACCAGGUGAAUCCUGCAUUCAGAUACUUCUGCAAGAUGACCUUCUUGUGGCUCUUGACCCUAAGCAUUCUGGUUAUUAUGCUCAGUAUUCCUUGUGGAUGUAACGUGGAAAACAUGAAGUUUUUGCACAUGUGAUUUCUGCCGCUCAAAUACAUCUUUGGGCUCAAAGUAGUGGUGAAGGGCAAGGAAAACCUCAGGACUAACAAACAUUUUGUCGUUGUGUUGAAUCAUCAGCCCUCCCUUGACAGUGUGGUGGUCACGGUGAUAUUACCAAGUCGCUGUGUGCCCAUUGCAAAGAAGGAAAUCCUCUACAUGGGCACUUUCGGCCUAGCAUGCUGGCUUUCAGGAUUCAUUUUCAUUGACUGCAAGAAGACAGAAGAGUCUAUUGCUACCUUGACAGAGGUGGCACACUCCCUGCACGAAGAAAAUGUGAGUGGGGAGGAGCCAGCUUAUAGUUUGCUUUUUUAUGCUGACACCUUUAGCUAUGAACCAUAG